CUCCAGUCUCAAGAAGGAUGCUCCAGUGUCUGAUGCAAGUGUUGGUACUGCCACUAUUGCUGCUACCUUUGGGUCAUGCUGCUCCUAAGGAUGGAGGUGCAAGGAUGGACCCUGAAGAGCAGCAGCAGCUCAUGCUCAACCCCUUCCAGCCAGGCCCUGAGCAGCUCCAGCGCCUGCGGAAUUACCUCAAGGGACUAGAGAAGAUGGAAGAGGAUCCAGAACACAUGAAUCGGGAGCAAGUCCUGCUCUACCUCUUUGCUCUCCACGACUAUGAUCAGAAUGGACAGCUAGAUGGCCUGGAACUGUUGUCUAUGCUGACAGCAGCUCUGGCCCCUGGAGCUGCACACUUUCCCAUCAACCCGGUGAUCCUGGUAGUGGACCAGGUGCUUGAGACCCAGGACCUGGAUGGAGAUGGGCUCAUGACUCCUGCAGAGCUUGUCAACUUCCCAGGAGAGGCCCCCAAGCAUGCAGAGUCCCUUCCUCCAUCUCUCCAGGAGCCACAGCCUGCUGGGAGACAGUUACAGUUAGCUAACAGUCCAUUGCAACCAGAAACCCAGCAAUCCCUGGAGACUAGAGAAGAAACUAGGGGCCAUGUGGAGGCCAAAGAGGAGUCUUUGGAGCCUGAGCAUCAGACAGGGACCGAAAUAGAUACCCUCAGUCCUGAAGGGGAGGUUGGGAGACAGACAGAGGCUGAAGGAGAUGUCCCAAGUCCCAGAGAGGAUGCUGAGGGACAGGUGGGGGGCAAGGACAAUGAAGGAGAAGCCAAAGAGCUGCCAGUGGAAACAUUAGAUGCCAUGAACACUCCAAAGGAGGUUGAGGCUCAUAGUAUUCAACUAGAGAACGAUGAGAUAUAAACUAGAUGGCAUGGGCUCAUAUCCCUUAAAAUCUCAGUGCAGAGCAGAAGCAUGAAAGGUGGAGUGUGUAUGUUGGGAUAAGAGCCACCUCUGACGUGGGUAUGGUGGCACAAGCUAGUAAUCCUAGAACUUGGAAGACUACAGCAGGAGGUUUGAGAGCC